CCUGCGCUCGGCGCCAUGAGCGGUGGCGCGCCUUCGGGGGGCGGCCCUGGGGGCUCGGGCCGGGCGCGGACCAGCUCGUUCGCGGAGCCAGGCGGCGGAGGCGGCGGCGGCGGCGGCGGCCCGGGGGGUUCGGCCUCUGGCCCAGGAGGCAGCGGCGGCGGGAAGACGUCAGUCGGAGCCAUGGGCGGGGGCGUGGGGGCCUCGGGCUCCGGGGGUGGCCCCAGCGGCAGCGGCGGAGGAGGCAGCGGCGGCCCCGGCGCGGGCACCAGCUUCCCGCCGCCCGGAGUGAAGCUGGGCCGUGACAGUGGGAAGGUGACCACAGUGGUAGCCACUCUAGGCCAAGGCCCGGAGCGCUCCCAGGAGGUGGCUUACACAGACAUCAAAGUGAUUGGCAGUGGCUCGUUUGGGGUCGUGUACCAGGCACGGCUGGCAGACACCAGGGAAUUGGUGGCCAUCAAGAAAGUUCUCCAGGACAAGAGGUUCAAGAACCGAGAGCUGCAGAUUAUGCGUAAGCUGGAUCACUGCAAUAUCGUGAGACUGAGAUACUUUUUCUACUCCAGUGGGGAGAAGAAAGACGAGCUUUACCUAAACCUGGUGCUGGAAUACGUGCCCGAGACAGUGUACCGGGUGGCCCGCCAUUUUACCAAGGCCAAGUUGAGCAUCCCUAUCAUCUAUGUCAAGGUGUACAUGUACCAGCUCUUCCGGAGCUUGGCCUACAUCCACUCCCAGGGUGUGUGUCACCGCGACAUCAAGCCCCAGAACCUGCUGGUGGACCCCGACACUGCUGUCCUCAAGCUCUGUGAUUUUGGCAGUGCAAAACAGUUGGUCCGCGGGGAGCCCAAUGUCUCCUACAUCUGUUCUCGCUACUACCGGGCCCCAGAGCUGAUCUUCGGAGCCACCGACUACACCUCAUCCAUCGAUGUGUGGUCGGCUGGCUGCGUACUGGCUGAGCUCCUCCUGGGCCAGCCCAUCUUCCCUGGGGACAGUGGGGUGGACCAGCUGGUGGAGAUCAUCAAGGUGCUGGGAACACCAAGCCGGGAACAGAUUCGCGAGAUGAACCCCAACUACACGGAGUUCAAGUUCCCCCAGAUUAAAGCUCACCCCUGGACAAAGGUGUUCAAAUCCCGAACACCGCCCGAGGCCAUCGCGCUCUGCUCUAGCCUGCUGGAGUACACCCCGUCCUCGAGGCUCUCCCCGCUGGAAGCCUGCGCCCACAGCUUCUUCGAUGAACUGCGAUGUCCUGGAACCCAGCUCCCCAACAACCGCCCGCUUCCCCCCCUCUUCAAUUUCAGUCCUGGCGAACUCACCAUCCAACCAUCUCUCAAUGCCAUCCUCAUCCCUCCUCACUUGAGGUCCCCGGCGGGCACUGCCUCCCUCACCCCAUCCUCACAAGCUUUAAGUGAGGCUCAGACCAGCUCGGACUGGCAGUCGACCGAUACCACAGCCGCCCUCACUAACUCUUCCUGAGGGCGCCACCAACUACCCUUCCAUCUGGGAGCCCUGUGUGGGGCUGGGAAGGGGGGGCCAUAGCCCACCAAGCUCCUGCCAUGACUGGGCCCCUAGACUAGAGGGCAGAGGUAAAUGAGUCCCCACCCCCCCUCCAGUCCCUCCCUCACCAGCCUCACUCCUGCGGUGGGCUUUUUAAGAGGAUUUUAACUGGUUGUGGGGAGGGAAGAGAAGGAAGGACAGGGGAUGGGGGGCAUGAGGACCUUCCACCCCCUCAGCCCCUCCCCCUCCCCCCAGGUCUCCACCUCCUCCAACCCCCUCCCCUACUGCGUCCCUUGUAAAUAGAACUGACCAGCCCCUCUCCUCCUCUUCCCUCCCCUGGCCCCCGGGUGUAAAUAGAUUGUUAUAAUUUUUUUCUUAAAGAAAAUGUCGAUUCGCACCGUCCAACCUGGCCCCUUCCCCUCCUACAGCUGUGUCCCUGCUCCUGUCCUCUGCCCCUAAGGCCUCCUCCCUCCUCUCCCCACCCUGGAGGGCAGGGGCAGUGGGGGAGCUCCUGAUGUCUUAGUUUUCACAGUAAGGUUUGCCUGUGUACAGACCUCCGUUCAAUAAAUUAUUGGCAUGAAAACC